AUGGAGAACGACAAGGAGGCCAUCUCUAACGAGCCAGUUCGUAGUGAGGACAUAGAGCGUCUACCCACCCACGGCACCUAUCUCGACAAAGACGAGGCAUCCCAUCUCUCCGAGGAGCAUCGACAGUACCUGUUGGAACGACAUGGCACACUUGAGCUUGAUCCUAUACCCACCAUGGGUACGGCGGAUCCAUACAACUGGCCCCAGUGGAAGAAAGUGAUGAACCUUCUCUUUGUCGCCUUCCACGCCAUGAUGUGUGCCUUCCCUGCUGCUGCGAUCAUUCCAGCCUACGAGAACAUAUCCGAAGACCUAGGUGUCAGUCUCCAACAAACGUCAUAUCUUACGUCCUUGCAAAUCGCAAUCCUUGGAGGUGCUCCACUGUUCUGGCGACCGCUCUCUACACGAUAUGGACGCCGACCCAUUUUCAUCAUAUCCUUGAUCGGCAGCUUAGUCUUCAACGUCGGUUGCGCGAAGAGCCAAACAUAUGCUGCCAUGGCGACUUGCCGGGCUUUCCAAAGCUUCUUCAUUUCGCCUCCGAACGCAAUCGGCAGUGCCGUGGUGGUUGAGACGUUCUUCAAGAGGGAGAGAGCGAAGUUCAUGGGUAUUUGGACGGUCAUGAUUACUCUCGGUAUACCUCUGGCACCACUUAUCUUCGGCUUUGUUACAUAUAAUGUCGGCUACCGCUGGAUCUACUGGAUCCUUGCGAUCGUGAAUGGUGUCCAACUCAUUCUUUACACUCUCUUCGGACCAGAGACGCGCUUCAUUCGACACAACAACGCGCAGCAUGCGCAGUUCGGUUUUGCAGCCUACAAAGAGAUGUACCUCAAGUUCCGUCGUAUCGACCCUACGCCCAUCACCGCCUCAGAGUUCAUCUCGCCCCUUCGACUAUUCAAGUACCCGUGUGUAGUCAUUCCAGCUUGCGCAUACGCAAUGGUCUUCCUUUUCGCAUCAGUCCUUGCAACGGUUGAGAUUCCGCAACUCUUCGGCGAAAAAUUCCACUUUAAUGCACAGCAGAUCGGUCUGCAGUUCGUCGGUGUUAUCGUCGGUACUGUCAUCGGCGAGCAAAUCGGUGGACACUCCAGUGACCUCUGGAUGCGAUGGCGUGCAAAGAAGAUGGCUCCUCUCCGGCCUGCUCCGGAGUUUCGUCUUUGGUUGAGCUACUUCGGUAUUCUCCUCACCAUCUGCGGUGUAGUCGUGUUCCUUGUGCGCAUUGAACAAGCUCCAGACCUGCACUGGAAUGUAACCCCCAUCGUCGGUGCAGGCAUAGGUGCAGCAGGUAACCAGAUUGUUACCACAGUUCUGAUUACAUAUGCCGUGGAUUGUUAUCCUGAUGAAGCUGGUAGCAUUGGCGUGUUCGUUACCUUUGUAAGGCAGAUUUGGGGCUUUCUUGGUCCUUUUUGGUUUCCUCCCAUGUUUGAGAACGUAGGAAUCGCGAACAGUGCUGGCAUUGUUGCGGCAUUACUUGUGGGUGUUAGUCUGAUCCCAGUCAUGUUCACACACUGGAAAGGUCAUACGAUGAGGGGCCACAUGUCGGAGAGAAUGUAG